GUUUUGUCUGUGCUGGUAUAACGUGCUCUUGGUGCUCACAACUUAUACGACUUCGUACCUACUCAGCUCAGCUUUAAACACAGCUCCCAAAAAGAGCGACCAUGCUGCCGGUGAAGCCAGGCAGCCCGCAGCCGGAUGGGUCCUCGAUGGAGAAAAAGGCCAUAGCUGGCAUUCCUCGCGUGGCCCCCACCACCAAGUACAACGCCCCCGUACACAUCGACGUCGGCGGCACCAUAUACACUUCAUCUCUUGAGACCCUUACCGCGUAUCCCGAAUCUCGUCUGGGCAAGAUGUUCAACGGGACGAUUCCAAUAGUGCUGGAUACCCUUAAACAGCACUACUUCAUCGACCGCGAUGGAGGCAUGUUCCGGCACAUCCUUAACUUUCUGCGCAACAAGAAGUUACUGCUGCCGACUGACUUCCCGUACCUAGAACUGCUCCUGCAUGAGGCACAUUACUUCGAGUUGGACCAUAUGGUAUUCGCUCUGACGAAGCUAAAAAACGGGCAAGGCGUGAAGCAGGACAGUGAAUGGCUGAACCAGGCCAGCGAACGACUCAAACAGGAGACUGAGUUGCUUCUGCAGGAGAGAGACCGACUACAGCAACGGUGGUCAUGAAUCGAGGGCCACCAGUCUACGCCGCCGGACAAAAAAUCUCGUCGAGAAUAAGACGACUCACCAUGGUAACACUGAAGACCAAAUCGCCGAUAUAGCCAUAAUUCCAGUUUUAUGUAUAGUACAUUUCACUGCACAUUAAUUAUUAAUAAUACGUUAAUAGUAAUAGUAUGUUAUAAUGUGUAUAUUCAUUAUUCCGUUGUUAUAAGGUCAUACCGUUGUGUUUUUGUCAAGUCAUCAGGUGAGUGCUUCGUGUGGUUGUGAUUCUUUCACGAGGAACGAUUUGAAAGUAUUGAAAUUAUAUACCUACUAAGUCUUCACAUUGCAAAACGUUUCAUUGAUACUAAGCUUACGGUAUUCCAAGUAACACUCUGGCCCUGAUUUCUGUAGGUACCACCCCCUUAUUUCAUUUUAAGUUGUACCUGUCAUUUUCUUAUCCGCCGAAAAGGAAAAGGACGGGUGAUUGACAGCUGUUAAUUUUAAAAUGAAUGCGUGAAUUGGCGUGAAUGAAUGAACAACCCGGGCGAAUCAAAUAGGCAUCUCGCUAUUAUACACCCCGUUUAACGUGUGCUGUCAACGUUAUUGGCCAAUGUAAAUUUUUGUGAGGGUUGUUUAAAUUUCUGCCUAAAAUUGACGAUUAUUCCAUAACUUUUAUACAGGCUGUUAGUGACAUCGACUGAGGGAUAAUGAUUCAGACCAUGAUUCUGAGUUAAUAUCAAGUGAAAUUUACCGUCGCAAAAUGCAUGUAUUUGUUUGUGUUUUUUAUUAUUUUAUAUGUAUUUUUAUUGUAUUUAUCGUUUACUUAAAAUAAUUAUUAUUUACUUAAAAUAAAAUUAGAUAUUGCCUUGCCUACUGGAAUCAAUACCAAUAAGUUAAUAAGAUUAAUUGGUGGACUUACCCAGAUUAGUCAGAUAAUCAUGUUAGUGAACUGGAGCUGAGUUAUAAUCGUAUUCUGCUAUAUAAUUAUAUUCCUAGGGAUACAAUUACGGCUACUACUAUCUUACUGCAAAGUCAACGAACGGCAAUGAGACGGACGACAACAGAUUUGGUAACGUAGUCUGUCAGCAAAAAAUAAUUUCGAUGCGAUUGCACACCUUGGUGGCCUACUCAACUUUAUAGCCGCAGCUUUAUUUUGUUGUACUGAGCUUUUUAGAUUGAACCGUGUCUUUCACUUUGUUGUAUGCUUUAAAUGUUGUCAAGUGCUAAAUGUCGUGAUAAUGCUAAAGCGUUAUCCAUGGUAGACAAGCAUAAAAUUAGUUGUCACACAUAAAUAACUAAGUACUUCCUAAAAUCGGUAAACAAAUCUCGUGUUCCAAAAUAAUUAUCAUACUCAUGAUCUCUGUCUUUAUACCAUGUUCAUUCUUUUAAUUUCUUUUAGGUAUAGCUAUGAAGUUUAUAUACGAGUGAUGGCAAGAGAGACUGGGCUGUUUUUUUAAAACUGUUGUAAAGGACAUUUUAAUAAAGUGAUUAUACUUUUAGGUAAAUUGUUGUUGUUAGUUUAAUAUUAUUAAUUUAUAAGGUUAGUUUAAGUAGACUAAACUAGCGCUAUGACGGCCGUUUUGAAGUUUGCCCUGCCCUUGCGACACGGCAACCGUGCCGCGCGCGCAGCAUUAAUUAUAUCGAAGGCUCUGACCAAUAGCCGUACGACAUCUAUCUAUGUAGAUAGCAUUCGCUGCGUUUAUUGGUCGAAACCCUCGUCAUAAUUAUCGGUUAUCGUGCAGAUCCUACCACUCAUCAAGUUUCGCAUAUAAAUACGUUAAAGAAGUUUAAAGCUGUACUUUAUUGUAUUAAUAUCAAGUUUCGUAUUAAUUUAUAACUUUAUUGACGGAGCAAGUUGACGAUUGACAAAGAUGAAUGGAAGAGGAAUACAUGUGUGCCAUCUCCACUUAGAGGAUCAGGAUAGAGGUGGCAGGAGGAUGAUGAUGACGGAGUCAAUUCCUGGACUUUGUUAGGUCAAAACGACCAUUAUAGUGUGCCGCUAGUUUUGUUCAAAAUUGUAUACUACAAUAAUAUUUUAGUUCUAAAAAUAUCCUCGUCUGGGGUAAGCCGGUUUUCUAUAGGCUUGUCGCCUGGAUCGAUCACCCCAAAUUACGUAUAAGGUACCUAAUGCAAUAAAGUAUGGAAGACAUCAUAUGGACUACAUGCUAUUUUUGUCAGACUAAAUGACUUUAAUUUCUUCGUUAUCUGCCUUGGGCUUGGUUUAAAGACAUUUUCCAGUGACAAAAUUGAAGUUGAUCCUUAGAGAGCUUGCACCAUAGAAUCCUUAGCCUAAACAUAGUCACAAAAAGAAAAUUAAUCGAAAAUAUCUAUCUUGGACGGGUCUUGAAACCGGCAUAGGCAUAAUUACGAUACAGAUAGAUAAUUUUGCAUAGACAAAAGCUGCGUGCUCAAGUUCCGUUCGAGUCAGACUUUUUCAGCAAAUUUUCACUUUGUGAGUUUACUUACAGAUAAGUGCUAUAAAACAAAAAUCCUUUAAACACAGUCAUGUAAAUAAUAUUAUAAUACCUACCUACAGUAUGUAACUUCCAUUUCCUCAUUGUGUUUCUAUUGACUAUUAUAUCUGUCAAAUCAAAUGCCUGUAAUCUCAUUUUUAAUAAUACUUACUUAUUUUUAUUGGUAAAUUUAAAAGGACAUAAUAAUAUAUAAUUCCAUAAUCGUGAUAUCGGCUUAAAUCAGAGUUGUAUUAUAUAGUGUCGGUUGUGAGGUUUAUAUCGUAGUAAAUGAAGGGAAACGUUGACUAUGUUGCAUUAUUUUAUUGUUAAGUUUCCACGAUCAGCUCCUAGCAUCGUUAAAAACAAGUCGGUUUAAAAUUUCAGUUGGUUAUUUGACUCAUAUAUCUAUAAGUCAAGGCAGGUAGGGUAGGUUAUCACCUACCUACUUAGUUAAAUUAUAUUCUUCUUGUAUUUAUAAAAUACCUACUUAUGCAUGGGUAUUGUUGCGAACUCCUCGCAGAUUUUAUAAUCUUUUUACUUGUUUUUUUAUAUUUCUUCUUUUUUGACGUUGUGUAUCUUGGUUUUGUUUUCUUGCUUACGUCUUGUUCUUAAUGCUUUAUUUUGGUGAACUUUGUUGAAAAUACAUUAAAUAACUCUUUCAUAACCUAAGUAUUUGUUAUUCCUUCAUAUUAUAGUAAUACAGUGCACAUCAUAUACAUCAGCUACCACCGUAGCUCGCAGGUAUUUAGUAACAGAUGGAUAGGUAGAGAGAGUAGUUUGUGUAUGGUCUUUUAGGUAUUAAGUUACCUAACGAAGUAUUAAACUUCUAUAUGAGAAAGGGUUUCAUUUUACCUAUCAAUGUUAGGAUUUCGUGUGCCCAGUUUUAUUUUAAGCUUGAUGCACACCGUAUUAUGAAAGCGGAACAAGCGUGUUUUUUUUAAAUGUCUGAAUUAUUCUAAAUGAUAUUAACUACUUCGCUGGAAGGACAAGCGGGCGUGCAUUUUGUAUGAAACCGUAAAGAAAAACCAGCUUGUUCUCUCGACAGCAAGCAUUAAAGCGGAGUGCUAUACUGUAAGUAGGUAACAAGAAAAUCUUUGCAACCACAGCUACGAUACGAGUAAUAAUGUAAUACAAUUGAGAUUUUGAUGCUACAUAUACCUACCUAAUACAACUGUGUUCCGCCUAUAUUCGCAAAGAACUCAGCUUCGUAGCUUUUAUUGGCCAUAUUUUAUUUUUGAAUCGCGGUGUCCGCUUCAAUCGCCGGUCACUCGUAUUUUGACGGUGUAUUCUAAGUUGAAAUGGUGCUCAAUAAUUGCUGCCCACUUAAUAAAAAAAAAAAACACUUCCUUGGACUGCGUGAGUUUCUUUCCAAAUCCAAAACCCACUCCCUUAACUUUAUAUACACGUACAUAAACUAAUAUUUAUUUCCUAUUUUUAUUUCUAAAAUACGUUGGAAGCAAGUGGACAGCAAUUAAUGAGCACCAAUUCAAUUAAAAAUACGCCGACAAAAUACUAGUGACCGGCGAUUCUAACGGACGCUGAUCACCUACAUAUAGUAAUGCAUAAUAUGUAGUUUUUUUUAUUUACUCCCGCAAUGCAGCAGUAAACUAAAAAACUUUAAUAUGACA